AAAUUACUCUAACAUCUUCUCCUAUUCUACCUCUGUAUCAUACUUUUAUUAUUUACAAACUUACUAUCUCCCUUUCUGCCCACAAGCUUGCACAGAGCUUUCUUGAGACUCAACAAUGGCAGAGAGUGAGGGAAUCACCUGGGACGAUAUCAUGAAGGAAACCGUAGAUCUUGAACAUAUGCCGAUGGAUGAGUUAUUUAGUCAAUUGAAAUGCACAAAAGAGGGAUUGACAAACGAAGAAGGCAAGAGAAGGCUCGGAAUAUUCGGCCCAAAUAAGCUAGAGGAGAAAAAGGAAAGUAAACUCCUCAAGUUCUUGGGGUUUAUGUGGAAUCCUCUUUCAUGGGUCAUGGAGGCUGCUGCUAUUAUGGCCAUUGUCUUGGCUAACGGAGGGGGGAAGCCACCAGAUUGGCAAGAUUUUGUUGGAAUUACAACACUGCUAUUAAUCAACUCCACCAUUAGUUUCAUAGAGGAAAACAAUGCAGGAAACGCUGCAGCAGCAUUAAUGGCAGGUCUUGCUCCUAAGACAAAGCUCUUAAGGGACGGAAAAUGGGCUGAAGAUGAAGCCGAGUACCUUGUACCCGGAGAUAUCAUUAGCAUCAAGCUUGGGGAUAUUGUCCCAGCCGAUGCACGUCUUUUAGAAGGGGACCCACUCAAAAUUGAUCAGGCUGCAUUGACGGGCGAGUCAUUGCCAGUAACUAAGAAAAGCGGGGAUAGUGUAUUUUCGGGUUCAACAUGCAAACAGGGUGAGAUUGAAGCUGUUGUGAUUGCUACGGGAGUCCACACAUUCUUUGGCAAGGCUGCUCACUUAGUCGAUAGUACAAAUCAAGUUGGCCACUUCCAGAAGGUGUUAACGGCCAUUGGGAACUUCUGUAUAUGCUCAAUUGCAGUUGGACUCAUAAUAGAAAUAGUGGUGAUGUACCCAAUUCAGAAACGGUCUUACAGAAACGGAAUCGACAAUUUGUUGGUUCUGCUUAUUGGAGGGAUUCCAAUUGCAAUGCCAACUGUCUUGUCGGUGACAAUGGCUAUUGGGUCCCACAAGUUAUCGCAGCAAGGUGCUAUCACCAAGAGGAUGACAGCCAUUGAAGAAAUGGCUGGGAUGGAUGUAUUGUGUAGUGACAAGACUGGCACUCUCACCCUUAACAAGCUCACAGUUGAUAAAACUCUUAUUGAGUGUUUUGUAAAGGAUAUGGAUAAGGAGAUGGUGAUUCUAUUAGGAGCAAGGUCUUCAAGAGUGGAAAAUCAGGAUGCAAUUGAUGCUUGCAUUGUAGGAAUGCUUGCUGAUCCCAAAGAGGCAAGAGCGGGGAUCACCGAGGUACAUUUUCUGCCAUUUAAUCCUGUAGAUAAACGAACGGCAAUAACAUAUAUAGAUCAAAACGGAAAUUGGCAACGAGUGAGCAAAGGUGCACCCGAACAGAUUGUGGAUCUCUGCAACCUAAAAGAUGAAGCUAAGAAUAAGGUUUUCGACAUCAUCGACAAGUUUGCUGAGCGUGGACUUCGUUCUCUUGCUGUUUGUCAACAGCCGGUACCUGAAAAAAAUAAAGAGAGUUCUGGCGGACCUUGGGAGUUUGUUGGUCUCUUGCCACUUUUUGACCCGCCAAGGCAUGAUAGCGCCGAAACAAUACGACGGGCCCUGCACCUUGGUGUUAAUGUGAAGAUGAUCACAGGUGACCAGCUAGCCAUUGGCAAAGAGACGGGCCGGAGGCUUGGAAUGGGAACAAACAUGUAUCCCUCUUCAUCCCUUCUUGGCCAAAACAAAGAUGCAGCUAUUGCUAACAUCCCUAUUGAGGAGCUAAUCGAAAAGGCUGAUGGUUUUGCGGGUGUUUUUCCUGAGCACAAGUAUGAGAUAGUGAAGAAGCUACAAGAGAGAAAGCAUAUAUGUGGGAUGACAGGAGAUGGUGUCAACGACGCACCAGCACUAAAACGGGCUGAUAUUGGUAUAGCGGUUGCCGAUGCAACCGAUGCAGCCCGGAGUGCAUCUGACAUAGUCUUGACUGAGCCAGGACUAAGUGUGAUUGUUAGUGCAGUACUUACUAGCCGAGCAAUUUUCCAGAGGAUGAAAAACUACACCAUCUAUGCAGUUUCCAUCACUAUUCGUGUGGUUCUUGGUUUCAUGCUACUUGCUCUAAUUUGGCAGUUUGAUUUCUCGCCAUUCAUGGUUCUGAUUAUUGCCAUUCUAAAUGAUGGAACCAUCAUGACAAUAUCAAAAGAUAAGGUUAAACCUUCACCUAUGCCAGAUUCAUGGAAAUUGAAGGAAAUUUUUCUCACUGGGAUUGUUUUUGGAACUUACUUGGCUGUCAUGACGGUAGUUUUCUUCUGGCUAGCUCAAGAAUCUGACUUCUUCACUGACAAGUUUGGUGUAAGAUCAAUUAGAGACAAGGACUAUGAGCUUACAGCAGCUCUUUACCUCCAAGUCAGCAUUGUGAGUCAAGCACUUAUUUUUGUCACCAGGUCAAGAAGUUGGUCAUAUGUUGAACGACCAGGUCUUCUGCUCCUGACAGCCUUUUUAAUAGCACAGCUGAUUGCUACACUCAUUGCUGUCUAUGCAAACUGGGACUUUGCAAGAAUUAAUGGAAUAGGUUGGGGAUGGGCUGGUGUCAUCUGGAUCUAUAGUAUAAUCUUCUACGUACCUCUAGAUAUAUUCAAAUUUAUUAUCCGAUAUGCAUUGGCUGGCAGGGCUUGGAACAAUCUUCUCCAAAAUAAGACCGCUUUUACAACAAAAAAGGACUACGGGCGGGGAGAAAGGGAGGCCCAAUGGGUUAUGGAACAAAGGACAGUCCACGGUCUCCAGCCCCCAGAGCAAGCGGAAAACUUUAAUGAUAAGAAUAAUUACACAGAGUUGACUGAGCUUGCAGAACAGGCCAAGAAGAGGGCUGAAGUCGCUAGAUUGAGGGAGCUUCAUACACUAAAGGGGCACGUUGAAUCAGUAGUGAAGCUUAAGGGUCUUGAUAUUGAUACCAUUCAACAGCACUACACAGUAUAAUAUUUACUAAGGUGAAAGUAGUUUAGUUGGCCUAAGUAAAUAUUUUGGCAAAGAGAAAAUAAAAUAUAGAAUUAUUUUCCAUGAUGGUUUCAUUUUUGACUUUAAUCUCACCAAAGAUAAUGAAUGGAUGAGAUUUUGGAAUAAGUCCAGUGGACGAGAUUGGUAACAGACAAUCCGCGCUUGGCUAGGAAAAAAGGGGGAAAAACGCAAUAAAACCAGGUCAUUAUAUAAAGGGUGACACUGGUCAUCAGAGUAGGCAGUCUAUGUAUUAUAGUUUCUUU